CGGUUCAUUACGCUUGUACUGGGCGAACCGUCGGCAGUAGCGCCGGCGCCGCCGUCGGCGAUGGACCACGACGAGGACAGAUCUUUGUCCCUGGGGACGGAGGUCUCGGCCUCCGUGCCUCCACCGAGCCCCUUGACGGGAUGCUAUCUGCUCGCCGUCAUCGGGGAGCCCCACACUGAUGAACACAAGGAGAUUAUCCUUCAGCGGCUCGUUAAAGGGCUCCUGUCAUGGGAUUCUGGCGAGCACCAGGUCGAUCUGGAGAAAGAAUUGGCCACCCUCUCGGCUCAGGCACCCGAGGGGGAGGAGGCCAGAUAUGGCGAAAGAUUGAUCCAGUUCGCGUCCGAGAAUCUCGUGACGGAGAUCCUGAUUCACCCACAGAUGAACACGCUAAUGCAGUGCAUGAGGAACCUGCUUAGUUCGUUCACUAGACACAGACAUCUUAUUCACGCUGGAUACACAUUUGCCGGCAAUGGUUCAUGGAUUAUGCAGGAUGGGACAUUUUCUCUAUCCGAUUUUACUGACGCUUACCAAGAGAAUGAAGUUCAGCGCGUCAUUCGCGCAUAUGAAAACUCGAUCUCCAUUGAUAUACACUGCUCGACCGGCGGUGGCGAGUGGCAGAAGCUACUUGAAACGCCAUUCGUCAAACACUGCAAGAUUAGAAUCAACCCCACCGAUAUACUCGACUCUGGCUCUCAGGCCAUCAAGGAUUUUAUCACAUACCUCGACCCAUACAUAGUGCCAGCCAGUCUUGAACAGCUGCUGGUAUCCAGUGACGUGGUUGGCAAUAUACGCUUCAGCCACCCAACCCUGUAUGUCUUCCCUGGAGGUCAGGGAGAUGCUGCUCUAUUUGGCAUCAACGGAUUUAAUAUGCUCGUCGAUGGCGGUUUCUCCCGCAAGGCAUGCUGGUGGGACUUCGCGCGUCACUUGGACAGACUCGACGCUGUACUAUUCACACGGCUCAACAACUGUUCGGUUUCGGGCAUGGCUUCAGUGCUCCAUCGUAAGGCAACAGCAACCGUUUACCCACAAAUUGGCCAUUUCUUCUGUAACCUUGAAGAACGUCGUGGACUCGCUAGCCCUGAUGGUGACAAAGACUCAGACCCUUUGCUAGUAUCACUCUUGCAAUCCGGUUCUGAUAUGAUGACAGAUCUUCGACAUCUUAAUCUGAAACCACAACAUUGCUAUCGAAGCCCUGAACCAAUUAAUUUGUACCACAAAGUUGGACAUGGGACCUUAGAUAUGUAUGUGCUUAAUCCGUCCAAGGACUCUAAAUAUGUUCGAGAGUUCCUAAAGAGGUGGCAUAACAGUGAACAAAAACUUUUUGAAGGGGCCAGUAUAUCGGGACAAUUUAAUUUUCCUAUUCCUAAUUUAGUAUCGAUAUGUGCGUUGUUGGUAUGGCGGCCGGCUAACCCUGACGAUACAAUUACAAGAAUAAUGUUUCCUGGGUCAACCCCACAGCACAAAAUUUUCGAAGGACUUGAAAGGUUAAGACAUUUAGAAUUUUUGCAGCAUCCUACAUACACAGGACGUCAAAUGUUACCAGUGUCGGUACCAGCUACUACAAUUACUUCUACAAAAACAACCAAGCAAGCAACAACAAAAGUUAGUAAAGAAAAAAGUAUUAUUACAGAAAAGAAAGAUGAUAAAGUUUUUGAUUUGGAUCAUUCAAAGUUAACAAAAGAUGAAACAGAUUCUAAAAAUAUCAUCGACAAUAAAUUAUUAAGUGAAUUAGCUGACAGUGAAGAGAAAAAAAUUGAAUCAGUUUUAAAAGAUGCUAUAACUGCUAGAGUUGAUACCAAAUUAGACGAUAAAUUCGCUCAGUAUGAAAGCACCGUCAUAGACGGCUUAUCAAAAAAGAAGGACACAAAGAAAAAAGUCUUUGAAAAGAAAUUAAAACGUACUGAUAAGGCUGAUGAAGUUAAAGACCCUAUUCAUAAAACUUCUGAAAUAAAGAAAUUAGAAUCGGAUAGUAAAUCAAAAACUGAACCACGGAAAAAAACAGAUAGAAUGAAAAUUGAUACGAUGACAUCAUCAGUGGCUAAAAGUAAGACUAGUCAUCGACCAGUACUUAAAGCUGGUGAGAAAAAAUCGACAUUAAGUUCAGUAGAUAAAAAACUAUUUGCAGAUGACAAAAAGUCUCCCCCUACCACACCAAAGAAAAUAAUAGACACAAGAACCUCUACAACAAUAGCAAAGGAUAAAAUUAAGAUAAAAACAAGAAAAGUAAGCCCAGGGAGCACUCCUGCUAAAAGUAUGAAAGAAGCAAAUAAUAGACGUGUAGUUGAAUCCAAAUACAAACAAUCUUCUCCUAAACGGGAACUAACACAAAAAGUUUCCGAUAAGAAAGAUACAAAAACUAAACGUGAACCAAUUUCUCGUCGACCAAGACCCUUAGCAUCACCUAUUAAAGGAAUCAAAGCAUUAAAAAGCCCUACUAAAUCAAUAAAAUCUGUCAAAUCUGAUACUUCAAAGUUAAAAGGCCUUCAAAGAGUAAAUUAUGAAGAUAUAUUAAAGGAUGCUAAAAAGUCAGAUGAAGAAACCUCAAGAUCUCUUGAUGAUAUUAAGCAGCAAGAGUUAGAUGAGAGGGAAGAACAAGAAAUUGUUAGGGAAAUUGAAGCAGUUUUUAAUAGAGACAGUGAAGCAGAUGAAAAAGUGGAAUUUGUUGGAAGGUCUGAUAUAGAAAAAAUUACGUGUUUAUUAGAUGAUGUUAAAACUGAAACAACUGCUGAUGGUGAAUUUGAAGAAGAAUAUCUAAUUAUUGAAAAAGAAGAAGUUGAACAGUAUACGGAAGAAUCUAUGGCUGAUCGAGACAGUAGUCAUGAAAAGGAAGAUGAAUUACAUAAGCACGUAAAAGAUAAAGAAGAAUCUGAAAAACAAAAAAAUAAUAAAGAUUACAUUGAGGCGGAUAAAAUUAAACCUGAUACUGUUACUGAAAAAGAAAGUAAAGAGAUAGAAUCAAAAGAUCAUUCUGUAAGUGUAGAAGAGAAACAAGAUAUAAGUAGUGAAAAGAAAACUUCUGAUAGCAAAAGUGGCCUUAUUAAACCUAAGGAUUCUCUGGAAAAUAUCAUACAAGAAACACAUCCAGAUGAAAAAAUAUCAACGACUGUCGAAUCAGGUGCUACAACUGCUCCUACUCUUCCCGAAGACGAACGUAUAACGCUAGACGAAAUCAAGGAAGAUCAACAUAUUGAAGAAAAAUAUAUAAAAGAAGAAACUAAAGAAAUCUUACUUAUGCGAAAUCAAAUUGAUAUUCAAAAGCCAACGUCUUUAGAAAAAAGUCCAAAAAUUGCAACUUUGCCUGCGCCUAUUAGGGAAAUAGUAAAAACACCAGAUGAAGUCGCAGACUUACCAUUACAUGAAGAAGUAGACUAUCACACAUAUGAAGAGAAAAAAACACCAUUGGAAGAUGAUUACAAGCGAAAACCAGAGAUUGGCUUAGACCAUCACGUAAAAAUACCCAAAGACUUACCACUUGUUGAUAAACAAUCAGGUUAUAAAGAAACAAAAACUAUUCAAGAUGUUAUUGUCAAAACUGUUCAACGUCCAUCUCAUGCAGAAUUGGUAACAGUUACACCUGGCUCUGCUCCAGAAUCGCCAAUGUAUCAUGAUCAAAUGAAGGAUUCAUUAAUGCCUGGGAAGGAUUUAAAACCAGUCGAGGAUUAUGAUGGCUCAGCUUUUGGAUAUGGUCAAUUUACAGAAAAAUUAAGAGAAACUCAUAUUACAACUGUAGAUUCACCAAAUAAAGAUGACAUAAUAAUUAUUGAAGAUAUUUCUUCGAUACCAGAAAAGAUACCAUCUAUACCAGAAGACAUUGAAAAAGAAAUGGAAGAAGCAGGCAAAUUAGAAGCAAUCGAUAAACCUUUACUUAGUCCUAAAGACGUUGAAAAGAUUGUUGCGGACGUAGCUGAAGUUUUGAAAUCUGAUAAAAGCCUGGAAGAACUUAUUGCUGAAAAAUCACCUAUGCUUCGAAAAUCUCCAGAAAUAUUCGGCAAAAUAAAUAUUGCCGAUGAAAAUGCAAUUGAAUCAACAAAAAUGUUCUUACAAGAAGAAAGAACAACUAAUGAACAAGUAGUUGUUAGAUCAGAUAUUGACGAAAAAUUGAAAUCAGAUACAAAAGAAAGAGUUAUAGACGCAAAACGAACGCAACUUGUUUCAGGGAGGGAAACGAAACCUCGAAAAGAAGAGUCGCCUGUAAGAUCAGUAACAUCUGAAGACAUCAGUGAUGUAUCUGAUAAGACCGUUCUUAGUGAAGGCAAGAAAAUAAAGCGUGAAAGUAUGGAAGACAAAGACAGUUCAAUUAUGCACCAGAACUUAGAAAAAGGUAAACCUGAAGUGGAUACUAUUGUAAAACCAACGCAAAUUAACGGAUUUGGUGUUGAUACACCUGCAACUAAAGAUAAGACUGAUUCUUACAAUGUUUUAGAUGGACAAAGUGAGAAAAGGUUGAGUAUUACCUUAGAAUCUGCCAAAACACUUGAAAAGCUCGAAGAAAGAAUGGCAGAUCUAAAGAAAAAAGAGGAUCAAAGAGAAACUUCAGGAAGCUUAGAUACUAUAAGCAGUGAAAAACAGUACUUCCAAAAGCUUUCAGAAAAUAUCGCCAUCGAUUCAUCAAUCCCAAAACUGGAACUUGACUCACUCACUAAAGUUCUUGAAAAAGAACUUGUUACUGAGGAAGAAAAGAAGCCUGAUGAGGUUGUUGACACAACUAAGCAUGACGCUUAUGUAAAUAUACCUUUAGAAAUCGAAGUGAAAGAAGAAUCUCCUAUUUUAACUCAAAUAACUUCAAGCGAAUUAGAGAAAAGAUCAAGCCCUGAUUUAAUACAAGACAUUAAAUAUACAAUAAAACCAAAUGAAUUGGAAGAUAAACUAAAACCCAAUAUCGUUUCUGACAAACUUGAUGAAAAGCAAGUAAGUUUAGAAAGAGAUAUAAGGGAAUCUUUAACAGAUGAAGAAAGAAUGAAAAAAAUCGAUGGUGAUGAAGUAAAACAAAUAAAGCAAGAAGAGAAAAAAAAAGAAAGUAAAUCUAUGAUUAGUAGUUUUAUGAACAAAUUUGAUGAAAAACUUACUAAAGCCAAAGGGCUGUUCACAAAAAAGACUGAUAGAUCUCUUGAACAAGAUGAUAGUAUGUUACCUGAAAAACCAACUCAAGGAAAACAUGUUGAAGUGAUAAAGUCGAUGCGUGAAAAUGAAAACAAAAGAAUGUUAAAUUCUAUAAAGCUAUUUGAAAAUUAUAUGAUAGCUUUACUCUCAUCCCAAAGAGAAAUUGAAGAGAUACUGCGUGAAUAUUCCAUACAUGGAGAACCAACUGAUAGUUACGAUAUAAAAUCAGAAAACAUACUUGAGGAACAGAUUUUAAUUAUUCGGACUACUACUACUAGAGUAAUCAAAACUAAAUAUGCUGAUAGAUAUGGAAUUGUUAGAAAAUUAAAAACCGUCACAAUUACAACAAUAACGAGUAGUCGUCCUGAUGGAUCCUCGACUACAGAUAUAGAUGGGAAUACAGUAUUAAGUGAUAUUGACGAUAAAAUUAUAUCCGAAAUAAGACGUUUUAACAUAAAAGAAGAUACGAAUAUUGUUGAACAACAUCUCAAAAGAGUAAUAAACGUGAAUGAAAAAUUAAUAAUAGAAACGUCAGAUACAAAUAUAAUCAAGGAAAUAAUCACAAAUCAAAUGAGACUGCGCAGAAAAUUAAAAACAACAAUCGAAACAAAGAGACAGAUCAACUUAUCAGAGAGAAAUGUUGAGAGAGUAGUAACUACAACAACAUACAUAGGAGAUUUUAAUACAAUAACGAAACGUAUAUCAAAUGAAAAACUUGUCAAAAUUCUCAUAUCAUCAAAAAAAACGGUCCUAAAUAUAACAGAAUCACAUAUUUUACCAGACAUAAAUUCAAUUCAAAAGCAACUAAAUAUCGUCAAGGACGAGAAGACAGAACCUCUACAAGAAGAGCCAGACAAGGCUCCUAAGCCCGUUACAGAAGACAAAGUAAAAUCAGUAUUCGACACGCCAGAGGAGAAACCACCUAGCCCAAUUAAAGAAGAUAAAGAAAAACCUGUUUUCGUAGAGACAGAUGCGAAGGUUCCUAGUCCUGUCAAAGAUGUACAUUUAAAACAACUUCUAGAAAAGCCAGACGAUAAGAUUCCUAGCCCCGUUAAAGAAGACGAGGUAAUACCAUCAAUCAAAAAGCCAGAUGAGAAAACUCCAAGUCCAAUUAAAGAUGACACGGAAAAACACGAUAUCGAAAAACCAGAUGAGAAGGCGCCCAGCCCUGUGAAAGAUGACAAGGUAGAAACGCUUUUAGAAAAGGAAGAGAAGAAGGCUCUAAGCCCCGUAAAGGACGACGAGGCUAAACCAAUAAUCGAAAAGCCAGGCGACAAGGCUCCGAGCCCCAUUAAAGAACAUGAGGUGAAACCAUCAAUCGAAAAGCUGGGAGAGAAAGCACCUAGCCCAAUUAAAGUUGACACGGAAAAACACGAUAUCGAAAAACCAGAGGAGAAGGCGUCCAGCCCUGUGAAAGAUGACAAGGUAGAAACGCUUUUAGAAAAGGAAGAGAAGAAGGCUCCCAGCCCCGUUAAGGACGAUGAGGCUAAACCAACACUCGAAAAGCCAGGCGACAAGGCUCCGAGCCCCAUUAAAGAACAUGAGGUGAAACCAUCAAUCGAAAAGCUGGGAGAGAAAGCACCUAGUCCAAUUAAAGAUGACACGGAAAAACACGAUAUCGAAAAACCAGAGGAGAAGACGCCCAGCCCUGUGAAAGAUGACAAGGUAGAAACGCUUUUAGAAAAGGAAGAGAAGAAGGCUCUAAGCCCCGUAAAGGACGACGAGGCUAAACCAAUAAUCGAAAAGCCAGGCGACAAGGCUCCGAGCCCCAUUAAAGAACAUGAGGUGAAACCAUCAAUCGAAAAGCUGGGAGAGAAAGCACCUAGCCCAAUUAAAGUUGACACGGAAAAACACGAUAUCGAAAAACCAGAGGAGAAGGCGCCCAGCCCUGUGAAAGAUGACAAGGUAGAAACGCUUUUAGAAAAGGAAGAGAAGAAGGCUCCCAGCCCCGUUAAGGACGAUGAGGCUAAACCAACACUCGAAAAGCCAGGCGACAAGGCUCCGAGCCCCAUUAAAGAACAUGAGGUGAAACCAUCAAUCGAAAAGCUGGGAGAGAAAGCACCUAGUCCAAUUAAAGAUGACACGGAAAAACACGAUAUCGAAAAACCAGAGGAGAAGGCGCCCAGCCCUGUGAAAGAUGACAAGGUAGAAACGCUUUUAGAAAAGAAAGAGAAGAAGGCUCUAAGCCCCGCAAAGGACGACGAGGCUAAACCAAUAAUCGAAAAGCCAGGCGACAAGGCUCCGAGCCCCAUUAAAGAACAUGAGGUGAAACCAUCAAUCGAAAAGCUGGGAGAGAAAGCACCUAGUCCAAUUAAAGAUGACACGGAAAAACACGAUAUCGAAAAACCAGAGGAGAAGGCGCCCAGCCCUGUGAAAGAUGACAAGGUAGAAACGCUUUUAGAAAAGGAAGAGAAGAAGGCUCUAAGCCCCGUAAAGGACGACGAGGCUAAACCAAUAAUCGAAAAGCCAGGCGACAAGGCUCCGAGCCCCAUUAAAGAACAUGAGGUGAAACCAUCAAUCGAAAAGCUGGGAGAGAAAGCACCUAGCCCAAUUAAAGUUGACACGGAAAAACACGAUAUCGAAAAACCAGAGGAGAAGGCGCCCAGCCCUGUGAAAGAUGACAAGGUAGAAACGCUUUUAGAAAAGGAAGAGAAGAAGGCUCCCAGCCCCGUUAAGGACGAUGAGGCUAAACCAACACUCGAAAAGCCAGGCGACAAGGCUCCGAGCCCCAUUAAAGAACAUGAGGUGAAACCAUCAAUCGAAAAGCUGGGAGAGAAAGCACCUAGUCCAAUUAAAGAUGACACGGAAAAACACGAUAUCGAAAAACCAGAGGAGAAGGCGCCCAGCCCUGUGAAAGAUGACAAGGUAGAAACGCUUUUAGAAAAGAAAGAGAAGAAGGCUCUAAGCCCCGCAAAGGACGACGAGGCUAAACCAAUAAUCGAAAAGCCAGGCGACAAGGCUCCGAGCCCCAUUAAAGAACAUGAGGUGAAACCAUCAAUCGAAAAGCUGGGAAAGAAAGCACCUAGCCCAAUUAAAGAAGAUAAAGAAAAACCUGUUUUCGUAGAGACAGAUGCGAUGGUUCCUAGUCCUGUCAAAGAUGUACAUUUAAAACAACUUUUAGAAAAGCCCGACGAGAAGGCUCCUAGCCCCGUUAAAGAAGACGAGGUAAUACCAUCAAUCAAAAAGCCAGAUGAGAAGGCGCCCAGCCCUGUGAAAGAUGACAAGGUAGAAACGCUUUUAGAAAAGGAAGAGAAGAAGGCUCUAAGCCCCGUAAAGGACGACGAGGCUAAACCAAUAAUCGAAAAGCCAGGCGACAAGACUCCGAGCCCCAUUAAAGAACAUGAGGUGAAACCAUCAAUCGAAAAGCUGGGAGAGAAAGCACCUAGUCCAAUUAAAGAUGACACGGAAAAACACGAUAUCGAAAAACCAGAGGAGAAGGCGCCCAGCCCUGUGAAAGAUGACAAGGUAGAAACGCUUUUAGAAAAGAAAGAGAAGAAGGUUCCCAGCCCCGUUAAGGACGACGAGGCUAAACUGACACUCGAAAAGCCAGGCGACAAGGCUCCGAGCCCCAUUAAAGAACAUGAGGUGAAACCAUCAAUCGAACAGUUGGGAGAGAAAGCACCUAGUCCAAUUAAAGAUGACACGGAAAAACACGAUAUCGAAAAACCAGAGGAGAAGGCGCCCAGCCCUGUGAAAGAUGACAAGGUAGAAACGCUUUUAGAAAAGGAAGAGAAGAAGGCUCCCAGCCCCGUUAAGGACGAUGAGGCUAAACCAACACUCGAAAAGCCAGGCGACAAGGCUCCGAGCCCUAUUAAAGAACAUGGGGUGAAACCAUCAAUCGAAAAGCUGGGUGAGAAAGCACCUAGCCCAAUUAAAGUUGACACGGAAAAACACGAUAUCGAAAAACCAGAGGAGAAGGCGCCCAGCCCUGUGAAAGAUGACAAGAAGGCUCCCAGCCCCGUUAAGGACGAUGAGGCUAAACCAACACUCGAAAAGCCAGGCGACAAGGCUCCGAGCCCCAUUAAAGAACAUGAGGUGAAACCAUCAAUCGAAAAGCUGGGAGAGAAAGCACCUAGUCCAAUUAAAGAUGACACGGAAAAACACGAUAUCGAAAAACCAGAGGAGAAGGCGCCCAGCCCUGUGAAAGAUGACAAGGUAGAAACGCUUUUAGAAAAGAAAGAGAAGAAGGUUCUAAGCCCCGCAAAGGACGACGAGGCUAAACCAAUAAUCGAAAAGCCAGGCGACAAGGCUCCGAGCCCCAUUAAAGAACAUGAGGUGAAACCAUCAAUCGAAAAGCUGGGAGAGAAAGCACCUAGCCCAAUUAAAGAAGAUAAAGAAAAACCUGUUUUCGUAGAGACAGAUGCGAUGGUUCCUAGUCCUGUCAAAGAUGUACAUUUAAAACAACUUUUAGAAAAGCCCGACGAGAAGGCUCCUAGCCCCGUUAAAGAAGACGAGGUAAUACCAUCAAUCAAAAAGCCAGAUGAGAAAACUCCAAGUCCAAUUAAAAAUGACACGGAAAAACACGAUAUCGAAAAACCAGAGGAGAAGGCGCCCAGCCCUGUGAAAGAUGACAAGGUAGAAACGCUUUUAGAAAAGGAAGAGAAGAAGGCUCCCAGCCCCGUUAAGGACGAUGAGGCUAAACCAACACUCGAAAAGCCAGGCGACAAGGCUCCGAGCCCCAUUAAAGAACAUGAGGUGAAACCAUCAAUCGAAAAGCUGGGAGAGAAAGCACCUAGUCCAAUUAAAGAUGACACGGAAAAACACGAUAUCGAAAAACCAGAGGAGAAGGCGCCCAGCCCUGUGAAAGAUGACAAGGUAGAAACGCUUUUAGAAAAGAAAGAGAAGAAGGUUCCCAGCCCCGUUAAGGACGACGAGGCUAAACUGACACUCGAAAAGCCAGGCGACAAGGCUCCGAGCCCCAUUAAAGAACAUGAGGUGAAACCAUCAAUCGAAAAGCUGGGAGAGAAAGCACCUAGCCCAAUUAAAGAAGAUAAAGAAAAACCUGUUUUCGUAGAGACAGAUGCGAUGGUUCCUAGUCCUGUCAAAGAUGUACAUUUAAAACAACUUUUAGAAAAGCCCGACGAGAAGGCUCCUAGCCCCGUUAAAGAAGACGAGGUAAUACCAUCAAUCAAAAAGCCAGAUGAGAAGGCGCCCAGCCCUGUGAAAGAUGACAAGAAGGCUCUAAGCCCCGUAAAGGACGACGAGGCUAAACCAAUAAUCGAAAAGCCAGGCGACAAGACUCCGAGCCCCAUUAAAGAACAUGAGGUGAAAGCAUCAAUCGAAAAGCUGGGAGAGAAAGCACCUAGUCCAAUUAAAGAUGACACGGAAAAACACGAUAUCGAAAAACCAGAGGAGAAGGCGCCCAGCCCUGUGAAAGAUGACAAGGUAGAAACGCUUUUAGAAAAGAAAGAGAAGAAGGCUCUAAGCCCCGUAAAGGACGACGAGGCUAAACCAAUAAUCGAAAAGCCAGGCGACAAGGCUCCGAGCCCCAUUAAAGAACAUGAGGUGAAACCAUCAAUCGAAAAGCUGGGAGAGAAAGCACCUAGCCCAAUUAAAGAAGAUAAAGAAAAACCUGUUUUCGUAGAGACAGAUGCGAUGGUUCCUAGUCCUGUCAAAGAUGUACAUUUAAAACAACUUUUAGAAAAGCCCGACGAGAAGGCUCCUAGCCCCGUUAAAGAAGACGAGGUAAUACCAUCAAUCAAAAAGCCAGAUGAGAAGGCGCCCAGCCCUGUGAAAGAUGACAAGGUAGAAACGCUUUUAGAAAAGGAAGAGAAGAAGGCUCCCAGCCCCGUUAAGGACGAUGAGGCUAAACCAACACUCGAAAAGCCAGGCGACAAGGCUCCGAGUUCCUUUAAAGAACAUGAGGUGAAACCAUCAAUCGAAAAGCUGGGAGAGAAAGCACCUAGUCCAAUUAAAGAUGACACGGAAAAACACGAUAUCGAAAAACCAGAGGAGAAGGCGCCCAGCCCUGUGAAAGAUGACAAGGUAGAAACGCUUUUAGAAAAGGAAGAGAAGAAGGCUCCCAGCCCCGUUAAGGACGAUGAGGCUAAACCAACACUCGAAAAGACAGGCGACAAGGCUCCGAGCCCCAUUAAAGAACAUGAGGUGAAACCAUCAAUCGAAAAGCUGGGAGAGAAAGCACCUAGUCCAAAUAAAGAUGACACGGAAAAACACGAUAUCGAAAAACCAGAGGAGAAGGCGCCCAGCCCUGUGAAAGAUGACAAGGUAGAAACGCUUCUAGAAAAGAAAGAGAAGAAGGCUCUAAGCCCCGUAAAGGACGACGAGGCUAAACCAAUAAUCGAAAAGCCAGGCGACAAGGCUCCGAGCCCCAUUAAAGAACAUGAGGUGAAACCAUCAAUCGAAAAGCUGGGAGAGAAAGCACCUAGCCCAAUUAAAGAAGAUAAAGAAAAACCUGUUUUCGUUGAGACAGAUGCGAAGGUUCCUAGUCCUGUCGAAGAUGUACAUUUAAAACAACUUUUGGAAAAGCCCGACGAGAAGACUCCUAGCCUCGUUAAAGAAGACGAGGUAAUACCAUCAAUCAAAAAGCCAGAUGAUAAGGCUCAAAGCCCAUUUAAAGAUGACACGGAAAAACACGAUAUCGAAAAACCAGAGGAGAAGGCGCCCAGCCCUGUGAAAGAUGACAAGGUAGAAACGCUUUUAGAAAAGGAAGAGAAGAAGGCUCCCAGCCCCGUUAAGUACGAUGAGGCUAAACCAACACUCGAAAAGCCAGGCGACAAGGCUCCGAGCCCCAUUAAAGAACAUGAGGUGAAACCAUCAAUCGAAAAGCUGGGAGAGAAAGCACCUAGUCCAAUUAAAGAUGACACGGAAAAACACGAUAUCGAAAAACCAGAGGAGAAGGCGCCCAGCCCUGUGAAAGAUGACAAGGUAGAAACGCUUUUAGAAAAGGAAGAGAAGAAGGCUCCCAGCCCCGUUAAGGACGAUGAGGCUAAACCAACACUCGAAAAGCCAGGCGACAAGGCUCCGAGCCCCAUUAAAGAACAUGAGGUGAAACCAUCAAUCGAAAAGCUGGGAGAGAAAGCACCUAGUCCAAUUAAAGAUGACACGGAAAAACACGAUAUCGAAAAACCAGAGGAGAAGGCGCCCAGCCCUGUGAAAGAUGACAAGGUAGAAACGCUUUUAGAAAAGGAAGAGAAGAAGGCUCCCAGCCCCGUUAAGGACGAUGAGGCUAAACCAACACUCGAAAAGCCAGGCGACAAGGCUCCGAGCCCCAUUAAAGAACAUGAAGUGAAACCAUCAAUCGAAAAGCUGGGAGAGAAAGCACCUAGCCCAAUUAAAGAAGAUAAAGAAAAACCUGUUUUCGUAGAGACAGAUGAGAAGGUUCCUAGUCCUGUCAAAGAUGUACAUUUAAAACAACUUUUAGAAAAGCCCGACGAGAAGAUUCCUAGCCCCGUUAAAGAAGACGAGGUAAUACCAUCAAUCAAAAAGCCAGAUGAGAAAACUCCAAGUCCAAUUAAAGAUGACACGGAAAAACACGAUAUCGAAAAACCAGAUGAGAAGGCGCCCAGCCCUGUGAAAGAUGACAAGGUAGAAACGCUUUUAGAAAAGGAAGAGAAGAAGGCUCUAAGCCCCGUAAAGGACGACGAGGCUAAACCAAUAAUCGAAAAGCCAGGCGACAAGGCUCGGAGCCCUAUUAAAGAACAUGGGGUGAAACCAUCAAUCGAAAAGCUGGGUGAAAAAGCACCUAGCCCAAUUAAAGAUGACACGGAAAAACACGAUAUCGAAAAACCAGAGGUGAAGGCGCCCAGCCCUGUGAAAGAAGACAAGGUAGAAACGCUUUUAGAAAAGGAAGAGAAGAAGGCUCCCAGCCCCGUUAAGGACGAUGAGGCUAAACCAACACUCGAAAAGCCAGGCGACAAGGCUCCGAGCCCCAUUAAAGAACAUCUGGUGAAACCAUCAAUCGAAAAGCUGGGAGGGAAAGCACCUAGCCCAAUUAAAGAAGAUAAAGAAAAACCUGUUUUCGUAGAGACACAUGCGAAGGUUCCUAGUCCUGUCAAAGAUGUACAUUUGCAACAACUUUUAGAAAAGCCCGACGAGAAGACUCCUAGCCCCGUUAAAGAAGACGAGGUAAUACCAUAUAUCAAAAAGCCAGAUGAGAAAACUCCAAGUCCAAUUAAAGAUGACACGGAAAAACACGAUAUCGAAAAACCAGAGGAGAAGGCGCCCAGCCCUGUGAAAGAUGACAAGAAGGCUCUAAGCCCCGUAAAGGAUGACGAGCCUAAACCAAUAAUCGAAAAGCCAGGCGACAAGGCUCCGAGCCCCAUUAAAGAACACGAGGUGAAACCAUCAAUCGAAAAGCUGGGAGAGAAAGCACCUAGCCCAAUUAAAGAAGAUAAAGAAAAACCUGUUUUCGUAGAGACAGAUGCGAUGGUUCCUAGUCCUGUCAAAGAUGUACAUUCAAAACAACUUUUAGAAAAGCCCGACGAGAAGGCUCCUAGCCCCGUUAAAGAAGACGAGGUAAUACCAUCAAUUAAAAAGCCAGAUGAGAAAGCGCCAAGCCCAAUUAAAGAUGACACGGAAAAACACGAUAUCGAAAAACCAGAGGAGAAGGCGCCGAGCCCUGUGAAAGAUGACAAGGUAGAAACGCUUUUAGAAAAGGAAGAGAAGAAGGCUCCCAGCCCCGUAAAGGAUGACGAGGCUAAACCAACACUCGAAAAGCCAGGUGAGAAGGCUCCGAGCCCCAUUAAAGAACAUGAUGUGAAACCAUCAAUUGAAAAGCUGGAAGAGAAAGCACCUAGCCCAAUUAAAGAUGACACGGAAAAACACGAUAUCGAUAAACCAGAGGAGAAGGCGCCCAGCCCCGUUAAGGAUGACAAGCCUGACGACAAGGCUCCGAGCCUCAUUAAAGAACAUAAGAAAAAACCAUCAAUCGAAAAGCUGGAAGAAAAAGCAUUUAGCCCAAUUAAAGAUGACAAGGAAAAACCUGUUCUCGUACAGAAAGAUGCAAAGGUCCCUAGUCCUGUAAAAGAUGAAAAAGCGGAUCAACUUUUAGAAAAGCCCGACGAGAAGGCUCCUAGCCCCGUUAAAGAAGACGAGGUAACACGAUUAAUUAAAAAGCCAGAUGAGAAGACUCAAAGCCCAAUUAAAGAUGACACGGAAAAACACGAUAUCGAAAAACAAGAGAUGAAGGCGCCCAGCCCUGUGAAAGAAGACAAGGUAGAAACGCUUUUAGAAAAGGAAGAGAAGAAGGCUCCCAGCCCCGUUAAGGACGAUGAGGCUAAACCAACACUCGAAAAGCCAGGCGACAAGGCUCCGAUCCCCAUUAAAGAACAUGAGGUGAAACCAUCAAUCGAAAAGCUGGGAGAGAAAGCACCUAGCCCAAUUAAAGAAGAUAAAGAAAAACCUGUUUUCGUAGAGACAGAUGCGAAGGUCCCUAGUCCUGUAAAAGAUGAAAAAGCGGAUCAACUUUUAGAAAAGCCCGACGAGAAGGCUCCUAGCCCCGUUAAAGAAGACGAGGUAAUACCAUCAAUUAAAAAGCCAGAUGAGAAAGCGCCAAGCCCAAUUAAAGAUGACACGGAAAAAUACGAUAUCGAAAAACCAGAGGAGAAGGCGCCCAGCCCUGUGAAAGAUGACAAGGUAGAAACGCUUUUAGAAAAGGAAGAGAAGAAGGCUCCCAGCCCCGUAAAGGAUGAAAAGGCUCCAAGUCCCAUUAAAGAACAUGAGGUGAAACCAUCAAUCGAAAAGCUAGAAGAGAAAGAACCUAGCCCAACUAAAGAUGACACGGAAAAACACGAUAUCGAUAAACCAGAGGAGAAGGCGCCCAGCCCCGUAAAGGAUGACGAGGCUAAGCCAACGCUCGAAAAGCCAGGCGACAAGGCUCCGAGCCCCAUUAAAGAACAUGAUGUGAAACCAUCAAUUGAAAAGCUGGAAGAGAAAGCACCUAGCCCAAUUAAAGAUGACACUGAAAAACACGAUAUCGAAAAACCAGAGGAGAAGGCGCCCAGCCCUGUGAAAGAUGACAAGGUAGAAACGCUUCUAGAAAAGGAAGAGAAGAAGGCUCCCAGCCCAGUAAAGGAUGAUAACGCUCCAAGUACCAUUAAAGAACAUGAGGAGAAAUCAUCAAUCGAAAAGCUGGAAGAGAAAGCACCUAGCCCAAUUAAAGAUGACACGGAAAAACACGAUAUCGAAAAACUAGAGGAGAAGGCACCUAGCCCUGUCAAAGAUGACAAGAAGGCUCCAAGCCCCGUUAAGGAGGACAAGGCUCCAAGUCCCGUUAAAGAACAUGAGGUAAAACCAUCAAUUGAAAAACUGGAAGAGAAAGAACAUAGCCCAAUUAAAGAUGACACGGAAAAACACGAUAUCGAUAAACCAGAGGAGAAGGCGCCCAGCCCUGUGAAAGAUGACAAAGUAGAAACGCUUUUAGAAAAGGAAGAGAAGAAGGCUCCCAGCCCCGUAAAGGAUGACGAGGCUAAACCAACACUCGAAAAGCCUGACGACAAGGCACCGUGCCCCAUUAAAAAACACGAGGUGAAACCAUCAAUCGAAAAGCUAGAAGAGAAAGCACCUAGCCCAAUUAAAGAUGACAAGGAGAAACACGAUAUCGAAAAACCAGACGAGAAGGCGCCCAGCCUUGUGAAAGAUGACAAGGUAGAAACACUGUUAGAAAAGGCAGAGAAAAAGACUCCCAGCCCCGUAAAGGACGACGAGGCUAAGCCAUUAUUCGAAAAGCCAGGCGACAAGGCUUCAAGUCCCAUUAAAGAACAUGAGGUAAAACCAUCCAUCGAAAAGCUGGAAGAAAAAGCAUCUAGCCCAAUUAAAGAUGAUAAAGAAAAACCUGUCCUCGUAGCGACAGAUGCGAAGGUCCCUAGUCCUGUAAAAGAUGAAAAAGUGGAUCAACUUUUAGAAAAGUCCGACGCGAAGACUCCUAGUCCCGUUAAAGAAGACGAGGGAAUACCAUCAAUCAAAAAGCCAGAUGAGAAAACUCCAAGUGCAAUUAAAGAUGACACGGAAAAACACGAUAUCGAAAAACCAGAGGAGAAGGCGCCCAGCCCUGUGAAAGAUGACAAGGUAGAAACACUUUUAGAAAAGGAAGAAAAGAAGGCUCUCAGCCCCGUAAAGGACGACAAGGCUAAACCUACUCUCGAAAAGCCUGAUGACAAGGCACCGAGCCCCAUUAAAGAACACGAGGUGAAACCAUCAAUCGAAAAGCUGGAAGAGAAAGCACCUAGCCCAAUUAAAGAUGACACGGAAAAACACGAUAUCGAUAAACCAGAGGAGAUGGCGCCCAGCCCCGUAAAGGAUGACAAGGCUAAGCCUACUCUCGAAAAGUCUGACGACAAGGCUCCGAGCCCCAUUAAAGAACAUGAUGUGAAACCAUCAAUCGAAAAGCUGGAAGAGAAAGCACCUAGCCCAAUUAAAGAUGACACUGAAAAACACGAUAUCGAAAAACCAGAGGAGAAGGCGCCCAGCCCUGUGAAAGAUGACAAGAAGGCUCCCAGCCCCGUAAAGGAUGACAAGGCUAAGCCUAUUCUCGAAAAGCCUGACGACAAGUCUCCGAGCCCCAUUAAAGAACACGAGGUGAAACCAUCAAUCGAGAAGCUGGAAGAGAAAGCACCUAGCCCAAUUAAAGAUGACACGGUGAAACACGAUAUCGAAAAACCAGACGAGAAGGCGCCCAGCCCUGUGAAAGAUGACAAGGUAGAAACACUGUUAGAAAAGGCAGAGAAGAAGACUCCCAGCCCCGUAAAGGACGACGAGGCUAUACCAAUAUUCGAAAAGCCAGUCGACAAGGCUCCAAGUCCCAUUAAAGAACAUGAGGUAAAACCAUCCAUCGAAAAGCUGGAAGAAAAAGCAUCUAGCCCAAUUAAAGAUGACAAAGAAAAACCUGUUCUCGUAGCGACAGAUGCGAAGGUCCCUAGUCCUGUAAAAGAUGAAAAAGCGCAUCAACUUUUAGAAAAGCCUGACGAGAAGGCUCCUAGCCCCGUUAAAGAAGACGAGGUAAUACCAUUAAUUAAAAAGCCAGAUGAAAAAGCGCCAAGCCCAAUUAAAGAUGACACGGAAAAACACGAAAUCGAAAAACCAGACGAGAAGGCGCCCAGCCCUGUGAAAGAUGACAAGGUAGAAACACUUUUAGAAAAGGCAGAGAAGAAGACUCCCAGCCCCGUAAAGGACGACGAGGCUAAACCAACAUUCGAAAAGCCAGGCGACAAGGCUCCGAGCCCCAUUAAAGAACAUGAGGUAAAACCAUCCAUCGAAAAGCUGGAAGAAAAAGCAUCUAGCCCAAUUAAAGAUGAUAUAGAAAAACCUGUUCUCCUAGAGACAGAUGCGAAGGUCCCUAGUCCUGUAAAAGAUAAAAAAGUUGAUGAACUUUUAGAAAAGCCCGACGCGAAAACUCCUAGUCCCGUUAAAGAAGACGAGGGAAUACCAUCAAUCAAAAAGCCAGAUGAGAAAACUCCAAGUGCAAUUAAAGAUGACACGGAAAAACACGAUAUCGAAAAACUAGAGGAGAAGGCGCCCAGCCCUGUGAAAGAUGACAAGGUAGAAAAACUUUUAGAAAAGGAAGAAAAGAAGGCUCUCAGCCCCGUAAAGGACGACAAGGCUAAACCUACUCUCGAAAAGCCUGACGACAAGGCACCGAGCCCCAUUAAAGAACACGAGGUGAAACCAUCAAUCGAGAAGCUGGAAGAGAAAGCACCUAGCCCAAUUAAAGAUGACACGGAAAAACACGAAAUCGAAAAACCAGACGAGAAGGCGCCCAGCCCUGUGAAAGAUGACAAGGUAGAAACACUGUUAGAAAAGGCAGAGAAGAAGACUCCCAGCCCCGUAAAGGACGACGAGGCUAUACCAACAUUCGAAAAGCCAGGCGACAAGGCUCCAAGUACCAUUAAAGAACAUGAGGUAAAACCAUCCAUCGAAAAGCUGGAAGAAAAAGCAUCUAGCCCAAUUAAAGAUGACAAAGAAAAACCUGUUCUCGUAGCGACAGAUGCGAAGGUCCCUAGUCCUGUAAAAGAUGAAAAAGUGGAUCAACUUUUAGAAAAGCCCGACGAGAAGGCUCCUAGCCCCGUUAAAGAAGACGAGGUAAUACCAUCAAUUAAAAAGCCAGAUGAGAAAGCGCCAAGCCCAAUUAAAGAUGACACGGAAAAAUACGAUAUCGAAAAACCAGAGGAGAAGGCGCUCAGCCCUGUGAAAGAUGACAAGAAGGCUCCCAGCCCCGUAAAGGAUGACGAGGCCAAACCAACACUCGAAAAGCCAGGUGGCUACGGCAAGGCUACGAGCCCCAUUAAAGAACAUGAUGUGAAACCAUCAAUCGAAAAGCUGGAAGAGAAAGCACCUAGCCCAAUUAAAGAUGACACGAAAAAACACGAUAUCGAAAAACCAAAAGAGAAGGCGCCCAGCCCCUUAAAGGAUGAUGUGGCUAAACCAACAUUCGAAAAGCUAGGCGACAAGGCUCCAAGCCCCAUUAAAGAACAUGAAGUGAAAGCAUCAAUCGAAAAGCUUGGAGAGAAAGCACCUAGCCCAAUUAAAGAAGAAAAAGAAAAACCUGUUCUAGAAGAAAGAGAUGCGAAGGUGCCUAGUCCUGUAAAAUUUGAAAAAGUGGAUCAACUUUUAGAGAAGACUGACGACACGACUCCUAGCCUCAGUAUAAAAGACGAGGGAAUACCUUCAAUCAAAAAGCCAGAUGAGAAAACUCCAAGUGCAAUUAAAGAUGACACGGAAAAACACGAUAUCGAAAAACUAGAGGAGAAGGCGCCCAGCCCUGUGAAAGAUGACAAGGUAGAAACACUUUUAGAAAAGGAAGAAAAGAAGGCUCUCAGCCCCGUAAAGGACGACGAGGCUAAACCAACACUCGAAAAGCCUGACGACAAGGCUGCGAGCCCCAUUAAAGAACAUGAGGUGAAACUAUCAAUCAAAAAGGUGGAAGAGAAAGCACCUAGCCCAAUUAAAGAUGACACGGAAAAACACGAUAUCGAAAAACCAGAGGAGAAGGCGCCCAGCCCUGUGAAAGAUGACAAGGUAGAAACGCUUUUAGAAAAGGAAGAAAAGAAGGCACCCAGCUCCGUAAAGGAUGACGUGGUUAAACCAACAUUCGAAAAGCUAGGCGACAAGUCUCCGAGCCCCAUUAAAGAACAUGAAGUGAAACCAUCAAUCGAAAAGCUGGGAGAGAAAGCACCUAGCCCAAUUAAAGAAGAUAAAGGAAAACCUGUUCUAGAAGAGACAGAUGCGAAGGUGCCUAGUCCUGUAAAAAUUGAUAAAGUGGAUCAACUUUUAGAGAAGGCUGACGAUAAGACUUCUAGCCCCGUUAAAGAAGACGAGGGAAUACCAUCAAUCAAAAAGCCAGAUGACAAGGCUCCAAGCCCAAUUAAAGAUGACACGGAAAAACACGAUAUCGAAAAACCAGAGGAGAAGACGCUCAGCCCUGUGAAAGAUGACAAGCUAGAAACGCUUUUAGAAAAGGCAGAGAAGAGCGCUCCCAGCCCCGUAAAGGACGACGAGGCUAAACCAACACUCGAAAAGCCUGACGACAAGGCUCCGAGCCCCAUUAAAGAACAUGAGGUGAAACCAUCAAUCAAAAAGGUGGAAGAGAAAGCACCUAGCCCAAUUAAAGAUGGCUCGGAAAAACACGAUAUCGAAAAACCAGAGGAGAAGGCGCCCAGCCCUGUGAAAGAUGACAAGGUAGAAUCGCUUUUAGAAAAGGAAGAGAAGAAGACUCCCAGCCCCGUAAAGGACGACGAGUCUAAACCAAUACUCGAACGGCCAGGUGACAAGGCUCCGAGCCUCAUUAAAGAACAUGAGGUGGAACUAUCAAUCGAAAAGCUGGGAGGGAAAGUACCUAGCACAAUUAAAGAUGACACGGAAAAACACGAUAUCGAAAAACCAGAGGAGAAGGCGCCCAGCCCUGUGAAAGAUGACAAGGUAGAAACACUUUUAGAAAAGGAAGAGAAGAAAGCUUCCAGCCCCGUAAAGGACGACGAGUCUAAACCCACACUCGAAAAGCCUGACGACAAGGCUCCGAGCCCCAUUAAAGAACAUGAGGUGAAACCAUCAAUCGAAAAGCUGGGAGAGAAAGCGCCUAGCCCAAUUAAAGAAGAUAUAGAAAAACCUGUUCUCGUAGAGACAGAUGCGAUGGUGCCUAGUCCUGUAAAAGUUGAAAAAGUGGAUCAACUUUCAGAGAAGCCCGACGUAAAGACUCCUAGCCCUGUUAGAGAAGACGAGGUAAAACCAGAAGAGAAGGCGCCCAGCCCUGUGAAAGAUGACAAGGUAGAAACGCUUUUAGAAAAGGAAGAGAAGAAGGCUUCCAGCCCUGUAAAGGACGACGAGGCUAAAUCAGCAUGUGAGAAGCCUGACGACAAGUCUCCGAGCCCCAUUACAAAACAUGAACAUGAGGUCACACCGUCAAUUGGAAAGCUGGAAGAGAAAGCAUCUAGCUCAAUUAAAGAAUAUGAAGAAAAAAGUUUUCUCGACAAGGCAGAGGAUUUAUGUGUUAAAGAAUUUCCAAUUAUUGAUGAAACUUCGGUUACUGAGGACAAACAGGAAAAAACGAUUAUUGUUAAUGGCAAAAGUAUUUUACAAAUUCUUACCAUAACUACAACUAAACAAAUUUUAUCAAAUGAAAAGAGAUCAAAAAGAAAAUUAAGAACUACUGUGGUAACUAUUACUAAAUCAAUUUUACCUGAUGGUCUUACAGAAGAAACGAAGGAUAUUAAAGUUUAUUUUGCUGAUUAUGAUGCAUCUGAUACUGAUGGUAAUCUUUGUGAAAUUCUUGAACCAAUCGUAGCAACUGAUUCUGAAUCAACAAAACAAUAUAAAGAAAAUAUUCAAGGUGAACCAACAGUUAAAUCGGCAGCUGUUAAAGAUCGCGAAAUAUGUGAUAUGAUUGAAGACGAUAUUCCUGAAGGAUUUAAUUUAAUAGAAAAACCACUUGAGUUUACAACUGUUGAUACGGAUUGUAUUAUAGAAAAUAAUGUUAAAAUAAAUAGAAAAACUACUAAAACUACAAUAAAACAAACUUUCAGUAAUAUUCAAGCUAAUAUAAAGAGGAUUAGAACUAUUACAAUAACAACUAUUGAAGAUGAAUAUCCCGAUGGAACAAUUACUACUAAAACUAGCAAAGAAAUAACUCAAGUGGAUGAACUUUUAAAUGUUACUGAAAAUUUGUCACUUGAGAAGACGCAAAUAGUUACCAUGGAUGAUACAGAAGGAAUUGAAUUUUCUGAUGAGCCAGUAGAAGAAACUACUUCACAAGUUGAUACUGUUUUAGAAAAUGGCAUAACUAUUAAAAGAAGAAUCACUGUUUCGAAAAUUAUUCAAUCCUUCUAUUUUAUACCUAAAAAUAUUAAACGUACCAAAACUACUAUUAAAACGACUAUUGAGGACGAACUUCCUAAUGGAAACAUUACUAUUAAAACCAGUGAUAAGAUCUCAUCAGUAGAUGAAAUCGUUGACAAUGUAUAUAUAAAUGAAAAACUACAUAAAUAUAAUAUAAGUCAUAACAUUGAAAAACAAGAAGAAAAUAUCAGAAAAGAAUUAGAAAAAUAUGAAGAAAAGGAUAUAGAUGAACAAGACAUUGUCAAAAUUAAUGGUGAAUCUUCAAGUGAAGAGACGACAGUAAUUCAAACCAGUACCAGAGAAAAGUCUUUAAAUAUUAAUGAAACAACGGAUAAAAAUCUUAAAUCCAUAUCUGUACUCAAAGAUAGUCAUGACGAAAUUAAUAAGUCUCUGCAAUCUCAGCCAAUAAACAAAAUUCUGAAAGAAACGGAACAAAUGCUUCAUGAAGAAAGAUUAAGACAUGAAACAAAGUUAAAAGAACCUGCAGAUAUUCAUAGCAAACAUUUCGGUGAUGAAAUUAUGACAGACAAAGAAAAUUUAUUGCAAAAAUUGGUACAUAGCAGUUCUGAAGAUGUUUCUAAAGAAAUCAGCUUAGAAGAAAAAUAUUCAUAUGAAAGUACUGAGAAAACUGAAAAAUCUGAAGCACGUAAAGAAAAAAAAGACCUGGUUGACGAUAAGAUAUUGUCAUCGUUAAAUAAAACUGAAACACGUGUCAGUGCAACAAAAGUUGGAGAGGCUUCAGCACAUACUACUGAUGUAACUCUUAAAGAUGAAAUUCUUCUAUCCGAUGCUUCUGAUUCUGGAGUACAUAGCAUUCUAUUCGAUGUGGAUACUACUUUACCCAUGGCUGAUCGCCCUACACAUACACUUACAGAAAAUGCAAGACACCUAAUGGAAUCCAUACAUAAAGCAUUUAGCGAUGAUACUAUACAGCAGGGUAUUAAGUCGGAAGGUGUUGAAUCUCUUACUGUGUAUCCUGAAAUUGAUAGAGUAUCCACACCACCAACAGUCCCUGUCAGCCCCUUGCCAAAAAUACCAAGUAGUUUUCAAGAUAUUAAAAUAAGUGACGGUGUUCAAAGUGAAGUAUCAUAUGAUAAAUCUGAUGGAAAUGAAGAAACAAUAACUAAGGUGGUACAUGUAGGUGAUGAUAUACUUACACAAAAAAUAUCUACUUCUACUGAAAAAGUACCCAAAACAAUAAAAAGUGACAUUGAAGACGAUAGUGAUUCAGACAUUUUGAACUUGAUGCAAACAAUUGGAAAAAUCAAAACAGAAACUGAUACGGUAACAAAAAUAAUAAAAGAGGGUGAAAAUGUUGUUACUCAAACAAUAACGACGGUGACAACAAAGGAAAUAAUUUCAAAAGAAGAUGGCACUCCUCAAAAUAUUAAAACAACGAUCGAAACUACUACACUAAGUAAAAGUUCAGAUGGUUCUACCACCACUACAACAGAUACACAGACUUUAUUAUCAGAAUGUUCUUCCAGCCUUAAGUCUACCUCACUCAUGGAUUUAUAUACAAAAGAUAAAAAAUUAGACAAAUUCUACCUCGAUACAAGUGAUCAAAAGACUGAAACUACUACAAGUAGCCAUAUAAAAGAUAGUACUGAUAAAAUAACGAAAAUGUCUUCCAGUAAAAGUAAAAUUACCAAAAAAGAAGAUACAAUGCUCAAACUUGAUUUCUCGGAAGAUUCUGAUGAUUCAGAGGAAAAUAUUGAAGAUACAGUAAUUGAUACUGACGUAAGUAAGCGAGUAAUUAAAGAAAAUAAUGUAGACAUCGUUGAAACUAUUACAACUACUACAAAGAAGGAAACGAUAAAAAUAAGUGAUAAAGAAAAAAAUCUAAAGACAACCAUUGAAACAACCUCUACCAAAGAAUAUCCUGAUGGUUCUAAAGAUGUUCAAAAGACCGUAGAAGUUAAAACAGAAGAAUUAGUUACUAGUUCAAGCAGUAACAUUGAUAAGAUAUUAAGCGAAUAUAUUAGCAUAGGAGAACCUGAAGAAAGUUUAUCUACUAAAAGUGAAGAACUGGUAAUUAAAAACGUUAUUAUUAAGCGAACAACGUUAACAAAAAUUGUUAAAACAAAAUACGCUGAUAAUUAUGGAAGAUUAAGAAAAAUAAAAACGGAAACUACUGUAACAACAACUGAUGAGUAUCCAGAUGGAUCUUCUCAAACGAAAAUUGAUUGUAGUACUGCUUUAAGUGACGCAGAAGAUAAAAAUGUGAUUGAAGCAACAGAACUUAAUGAUUACACGGAAAUAGAAGACAAAACAAUUGAUGUUGAUAAGCACGAGAAGGAUGUUGUUAUUGAAGGAAAGAACAUUCAUCAGAUCAUCACGACAAACACGACGAGAGAAAUUUUAACAACAAGUGAUAAAUCCAAGAAAAAGGUUAAAACUACUAUAGAAACUGUAACCGAAUCUAUACUACCAAACGGAGAAGUAGACAUAACCAAGGAAACUAAGAUACAAAUAUCGGAUCAUAUAAUCGAAACUGAAGAUGAAAUACCUGAAGGAUUUGAAUCCGGUGGUAAACCUAAGGAAGAAAUAACUGAAAAAAUGGAAGUCAUCAACGAAAAUGGUAUUCAAAUCAAAAGAAAAACAAAAGUUGCUAUUGUCAGUCAAGAGUAUCUCAAUAAAUUGAAUAAUAUAAAACGAGUUAAGGUAACCACUAAAACUAUUAUUGAAGAUGAAUAUCCAGAUGGAUCUGUAAUAACCAAAACUAGUGAAAAAAUUUCGGUCAUAGAUGAUAUUCUAUCACCUCAUGUAGAUGAAACAGUUACACCUGCAUUAUUGACAACGGAACACGUUUCAUGUAGUCCCGUAUGUGAAGAUAGUAGUGAAAAAGUAGAAGAAGUGUUACAAAAUCUUACUGUGAUAGGUGAUCCAGUAGAAAAUGAAUAUAGUGAAGAAAAAUAUAUUAAACAUGAUGAUCUAGUUAUACAAAGAAUAAUUUUAACUAAAAUCGUUAAAACAAAUUAUGCUGAUGCAAAUGAAACUAUCAAAAAAAUUAAGACAGUCACAACUGUAACAACUACUGAUAAGUAUCCAGAUGGAUCCUCCCGUAUAAGUGUAGAUAAAAGACAAUCAAUUACAGAUAUUGGCGGCGACGACACGAUGAAAUCUGAAGAAUUAAAACAAUUUUCCGAAUUAUUAGAUAAAACAGUUAAUAUCGAUAACCAACAAAAGGUAAUUACUAGAGAUGGCAUUAAAGUUAAUCAAUUAAUAAAUAUUACUACUACAAAGGAAAUAUUAGCCACAAAAGAUAAUGCUAAGAAAAUAAUUAAAACAACCAUUGAAACUAUUACAGAAACUAAAUUACCUAACGGAACAACUGAAGUGACUAAAGAUGUCAAAAUUACUGUAUCUGAUUGUGAAAGCGACUCUUUUGAUGAAAACUUUAUUGGCUAUACACAAUUGGGAGAACCUAAUAUACAAACUAGUUCACAAAUCGAACAAAUAAUUGACGGCGAAAAAACGAUCAACAGGAAAACAACCAUUACUACAAUUCGGGAAGAAUUUGAAAACGUUGAAAUCAAAUCUAAAAAAGUGAAAACAACUGUUAAAACAACUAUUGAAGACGAAUAUCCCGAUGGAACCGUGAUUACCAAGAAGAGUGAGAAAGUUUCCGUUGCCGAUUUUCUUUUAACGAUUCCUUUGGCUGAUGAUGGAAUAGAACCAACAGAAUCAUACAUAGGUGAGAGUGAAAUAGUUGAAGAUACGUCUGAAGAUUCUGUUGUGAAAAAUGAGAUUAUCAAAAAGGAUGACAUAGAAAUUAACCGCACUAUAACAACUAAAACAAAACGUGAAAUUCUAGCUAGCUCUGACAAAGACAUUGAACGCGUUAGAACUACUAUAGAAACAAUUACAGAUGAUGAAUACCCUAAUGGAUUAAUUGAAACAACUAAAGAUAUAAAAAUAACAAUUUCUGAAUCGCAAAAAACGUAUGACAGUGAUUUACAAGCUGCGUUACGGGGUCUUAAACCAACUGGCAAAGUAAAAUCAUCAGUUGAUAAAAAAUCAAACGUUAUUUUUACAGAUGAAGCAAAAAAAAUUAAUCAGACGGUAACAACAUAUGUUACAAAAGAGGAAAUGAUUAAUGCAGACAAGAAUCAAAUAGCGGUUAAAACAGUAACAGAAACUGUAACAGAAAAUGCAAAUGAAGAUGGUACAACACAGAUAACUAAUGAUAUAAGUACUCAAGUGACAUAUCUCCCCAUGGGAACGGCACUUGAGGAUUGGUCUCCAGAAGAAUUAGAAGAAAUCGAAAAACAGUCGUUGUCUCGAAGUAGUGGCGCGAUGUUACACACAGAUGAAAAACCAACAAUUAACGAAUUGCCUUUAGAAUCAAAAAGUGAACCACAACAUGAAACUAAACCAAAAAAGCGAUCACCCGUAGGAGAAAUAACUACGGAAACAGACACUUUUACUAAAAUAAUAAAAGAGGGCGAUAAUGAAAUCACUCAAACUAUUACAGUAGUUACUACUAAAGAAGUUAUUACUCCGGAAAAAAUUAAAGUUACUGUCGAGACCACUACAGUUAGUAAAGGAAGCGAUGGUAUUACAAAAACCACAAAAUCUACCAAAACAACAAUAUCGGAGAUAAAAGAAGAAUAUGAGGAAAUCAUCGACACAGGUGAAAGUGAGAAAUCAUUUUCUAAAUUGUCGUCUAAAACUAGUGAUAUGCGAAGCUCAUCUGCCGCAAGUGACGAUUUAGAUCAUCCUGGUAUAUCAUCCCCACCAUCCGAUAUUAGCUCAAGAGAAUCGCGAGCUGCUACACAUAUUUGGGGAACUGAGAGUAGUGGAAUGUAUUACAGUGACGAUGAUGGCCAAGCAAGUCCAAGUAGUACAAAAUCUCAAAUAGCACAUUCGCCAAGGUCAAAUUUAAGUUUUGAGCUAGACACAAAAUUCACACAGCACAAAGAACAUGAUACAUUGAUGACAAGAACAGGUUUUGAUCCAAUGUCUACCUCAAUUUACGGACAAUUGCCGGAUGAUGAUUCUUGUACAUAUUCAACACAUUCCGAUGAAAAGACUGAGAUACAUUUUAUAGAUAAGUCAGAAACAAAAUUAUCCGAGGUAUUAUUUUCAACAAAAGAUACUAGCUCAGAUGCGUCAUUUUUAAAAGAAGCAGAUGAACAAUUUGAGAAAGCAAUUGAAGAGCAUAAAAAAGUAAGCGGUUCCGAAGUGAUAUCUAGCGUUACAGGGAAAUAUAAACUUGACCUGCAUGAUUUCUCUAGCUCUAGCCAUCAAGAAUGUAAAAGAGAAACGACUUCUUUGACUCUUAAAGAUAUUAAAACAGAUUCGAAAAAAAUUACACAAAUGAGCUCUUCAUCAAGCAGCAGCAAAGAGUCAAAAACGGAAAAAAUUGAACAGGCUGAGUCUAGCAGCGUUUUAAAAGAUCCUAUAGAGUCUUGGGGUAAGCCGCUCGGCCUACCAAGUCCUAUCUUGCCACCUAAUCAGACAGAUGGUAAAAGUACACCGAAAAAACAAAUUAGUUCUACGGUAGCAAAUAAAAAUAAAAUUAAUCAAGAGAAGAGUAAAGAAGCAAAGAGAGCAUCCGAAUCUCCAACUAAGAAAAAAGCUUCAGCACCUGUUUACAUGGACUUGACCUACGUUCCUCAUCAUGGUAAUUCAUACUAUUCUGCUAUUGAAUUUUUCAAAAGAGUUCGGGCUAGAUAUUACGUAUUUUCCGGAACGGAACCCUCUAAAGAAAUUUAUAACGCUCUUCUAGACGCUAAGAAAACAUGGGAAAAUAAAGAUUUAGAAGUCACUAUAAUUCCCACAUACGACACUGACGUUCUUGGUUACUGGGUUACCGAAAAUGAAGAAGCACUCGAAAAAUACAAGAUCGACUUGUCACCGUCCGCUUCCCGCUGUACGAUUAACUUGCAAGACCACGAGACCUCAUGUGCGGCGUAUAGACUUGAAUUCUAGGUGUCGGGUCUAUUUGUAGCCUUCUCAUCGAAGAAGUGAUCCCCUUUAUAAAAUUAGGUACUUUUGAAUGGGGAACCAAAGAGACAUUUAUUGUUGUAGGAAAUAAAGGCUGUGAUAAAGAUCGGAGCAUUCAAAAGCACCUACUUUGAAGGACACUACUCCGUAUGAGAUAGCUUGCAAAUAGAUGCAGUAAAGACUAUGUGAUAUUUAAAUGCAACUGACUACGGUGGAGUUUAAAAAACCCAUAGAAGUUUAACAAAGUGUAUAGUGUUCAAACGGCCAAGUGACGAUCCUGAAAUAUAAUGUCCUUAACCGCAUCCAACACGAAUCUCAAUAACCAAAUUUUCGACCUAAAAACAAAAACGUCCAUUUUUUUCUAAAACUGUUUUCUAGUAGCGUCAUUGACAAAAAUAGGACAUGCCAUUUAAAAUAUUUUUCUGACGAUAUUUUUAAAUUUGGUCUUAUACAAUCAGUAGUGCUUUUAUACACGAUUUUUAGCGAAACCAGUCCAUUUUGUUUAGCCAAAAACACCGCUUGUGCGAAAUAUCUAAAUUUUUAAAAUAAAAUUAUUUUGCUAAAGCAUUGUCUUCUUAAUAGGACGUAUUAUUAAAUAUUAUAUACGUAUUGCAUAUUAUUUUAGCUAUUCGCUUUAUAACGGACGUAAUAUUCGAAAAUAAGUCCAAUUCUAAUUGAUAAACGAUAAAACAAGGACGAAUAUAAUUAAAUUAAUCUGAAUUACACGAAUGAUUUUGUAAGGUGAUUAAUAUAUAUAUAUAUUUGAAGAGUAUAUUUUACUAAUUGUCUUAAAAAGACGCCUCUGAAACGUCACACGACGAGCUAGUGCUGCUUGCACUAAUUACGUAAUAUUAUUAAAAAAAUUGACGUCUUUAUGUUCAAUUUUGAUCUAGAAGACAAAGAUAGUUGUGAUGCUGACCGUAGACGACUAUUGAAAGAAUUGAAAAAAUAUAAUCCUCAAUACUUUUUUCAAUUCAAAUCGAGUGUCGCGAAAUGGGACCUUUAAAAGAAUGUACAAAUACAUUUGAAACUAUAAACGGUGCAAUGAUGGAAGCUAUUAAACGUUGCCUGAGUUUAAUAUCGCCCUACAUGCACUGUUGUUCAUUAUGUAUUGUCCCAAAUAGAUACAGCUGUUUGUCUGUCUAGAUAACGAUCAGCCUAAGAUGAUAGAGAGCUUACUCCAUAUAAAAAUAAAUGUUUUAUUAGAUUUAUUAAUACAAAUAAAACAAUAUAUUUACCUUUGUUUUAAGUUGAUAUCUGCUUGUUGCGAUGACUAUGAUAUAUUUUAAGUGAGUGUUGUUUAAAUUGAGCUCAUUUCAUGUACAGAUGACAGAAUUAUUACAGAAUCUCCGAUUUUACUAUUGUUUGGCAAUGAUCAUUUUUGGUACAUGUUUGUUGAAUAGUUAAAUUUCUAGUCGAUUCCAACCCAAAAACUUGUGAAUGUCUAUUAGUAUUAUAUGUUCCUAUGAUAAUUUGAUUUAUAGAUUUUUAUUCUUUUGAUUUCGACGAAAUGUCGGUAUUUUACUACGUGUAAAGACUUUCCCUUUAUAUGGAUAUUUGUUUAAAAAUUACCGUUUUAUUCAAGUUGUGUGAGAGAAUGUGAUAUUUAUAAAAUUCAUCAAAUUUUACCAUCUAGUCUAGUGGAUAAGCUAUAAGAAUACUUUCCUUGGAUUAAAAAAAAUCCUCCUUUCAUUUGCCAAUUCAAGUGAAGAUUUUGAGUCAAUUAAUUUUAAGUCAUUCAUAGAGAUAAGCCGACGAAGCCUGUCAUCGCUUACUUUGCCAAACUUACUAACUAUAAUUAAAAAUAGUGAAAAUGAUUCUGUAUAAUUGAUGGCACCAGCACAAUGUAAGAACAUAAAUAAAUAAAACAAAUGCAUUAAACAGAUACAUAAAUUAUACAUAUAUUUAUUUUAUAUGUGAAAACAUAUGUGAAUUUAUUUUAUAGUUGUAUUGUUGUAAUGUUUAUUAUUACUGAUAUUAAUGUGUUUGAGUUGAGUGUUAGUGGGUGUGAGCACAACAAUUAUGUUCUCUGUUACGUGGAAUGCUUAUAACAGUCGUGAAUGGGACGAAACAGGGAGAUGAAUCUUGUUUAAAGUAUAAAUAUAUAUGGUUCACAAUUGAUGCAUUUUCAAAGAAAUAAUACUCUCAACUAAUUUUAAAUGGUGCAUGCUUUAUUUAAAUAUAUUAUAAGCUUUCGCUGUAACAAUAUAAUUAUGAAUUACUUUACCUGCUGUACUAUUAGCCGGUUUUGUAUCUUCAGUUUUGAUAAGAUUAUUUUAUGUCUCUCCAAGUCUUAUUGACGAUGCAUCAAUCUUGGACCAUUUGCUUUUUGAGUGUUAGGGGUGUAUUUCUUGGCUUUCUAAUCUCCAGCGACCACAUUCGCUGGAACUAAAAGCCCAACCCAAAAUAUUACUAUUGUAUUGAAUAGCUAGAACUCUAAUUAAUGCAUAUUAUAUUAGGAAUAUUAAAAUGUUAUUAAAAUAAGAAUUGUAUCAGCUUAGUAAACAUCAAUAGCUCUGAGAAAUAAAUCAUUAUUAAAAUUAUUAAAUGUUGUAUCCUUAAUAACACGAAAGCUUAUGUUGAUUUUAUAAUUACUAAAUGUUUCAUAAUAAGAUUCGUUACAAAUGACCAGAUGUUAAAUUUAAAAAAUUGCAAUUAAUAAUGAUUUUUGUUUUGAAUCUCUUUAAAUCUAAGAUUUAUGUAUUCUAGUUGAUUCGAUCGGCUUAAAUAUAUUCCCGAUAUAUUAGUGUUAUUUAAUUAAAAAUUGAGAAAGAGCAAUGUAUACGGGAGUUUAAACUAGUAUGGAUACGGUUUGGAUAAAUUACGUAAUUGCGUAUAUGUGGUGCUAACAACUGACAUGCAAUGUUGUAAUGUUUAUAAUAAUAACCAAAAUAAAUCGCGAUCUAAUUAUAUUAAUAAAUUAAUUAUUUCAUCUCUUGCUUUGUCACUUAGGUCGCGAUUUAUCUUGGAAUUAAUGACACGCUUGAUGGCUAGAGACUGAUGAAUGUUUUUGGUGAGAAAUUAUAAUAUUUUGCGUUUAUUUAUAAAAUUGGUUAUCAUUUAGAAUAUAUAUGUAGAUGCUUAAUAAUUUGAAUAAUGAUGUAAUCCUUUCGUGGUCUUUAGGUAUUUGUAAGGAUAACUGUAUUAUGAAAAUUAAUAUUAAAAAUUAAAAUCAUUCAUUGUAUCAGUCAUGUCGCUAUUCCCAUUCGGCGUGUUUGGUGUGAGAAUCAUUAAAGUAAUAAAAAAUAUUUCAAAAUGUUA